AUGCGCGGAGCCUCUAUACUUGCGGCAGUGGCCACGGCCCUGCUCGUUCCCCUCGCGUCCGCCAUACCCCAAAUAACCGCCAUUCCCACCGUUGCUCCACGUCGCGCUCAAGAGGGUGCAGUGACCAUCGCAACCGUCCCGGCGGUCACUGCCAUGGCGCAGGUAGCAACCACUUCCCUCACCUGCCUCAAGACCAAGAUAAUCGACACAACCGUGUGUGCGACCUUAACCAACGACGCCGGCUCGCCGACCUCCACAAAGUGCCAGGCCACUACCACCGAAUCGAUCGGCUGCAAUGACGGCCUCAUCUGCUCCAAGGACACCAAGGGCCUCACCCUCUGCAUGAAGUCCCAAGCCCCUGACCUCGCCGGCAUCAUUGUCUCCGGCUGCCUCUCCGCCGCCUUCUGCGCCAUGUUCGGCUCCGUCCUCUUCAUGUGCUGCCGCACCCGCUCCCGCAACCGCCUCGCCGAGAAGCAACGCGAGGCUAUGCUCAUCGCCAGCGGCUCCAAGCUCGGCGCCUCAGCCAGCGAGGCACACCUCCCGCUCAUGCAGCCACAGGUCGCGCAGGCAGGGCAUGGUUGCGACGCCUCUGCUGAUUACAGCGCCCCGAGAGGCUAUGGCAGGCCCAACUCGCGCCGCGCGUCGCCGAGUGGGAGUCCGUUCCGGGAUGUGUCAGCCAGCCGUGGUUCCAAUGUUUUGACGAAGUCGCCGCCGCCUGCGCCAGGGUCGGGAGACGUUGGGCUAAACACUGAGGCGAGGAACCCGUUGAAUAUGGAUGAUAACGAUAUUGGAUACAACAGGCACUCUUAA